AUGUCUGAUAUCCAUAAGUGUACUUGGUCUGUUCCACAUAAACAUCAGAAGUCUCUUCCAGAACCUCCAAUUCUUGAUACGAUUCUUGAUCACAUUGGUAACACACCAUUAGUGAGAAUCAACAAUAUUACCAAGUCGGAAGGGAUAGAAUGCGAAAUUCUGGCGAAAUGUGAGUUCUUUAAUGCGGGAGGAUCCGUAAAAGAUCGGAUUGGUAAGCGUAUGAUCGAGGAAGCCGAAAGAGAGGGACGUAUUAAACCAGGGUAUACCAUUAUUGAGCCAACUUCGGGAAAUACCGGUAUUGGUCUUGCAUUGGCUGCUGCUAUCAAAGGGUAUCGGACCAUUAUUACCUUACCCGAAAAGAUGAGUCAAGAAAAGGUGGAUGUUCUCAAAGCAUUAGGCGCAGAAAUUGUCCGUACACCAACAGAAGCUGCAUGGGAUGCUCCCGAAUCUCAUAUCGGGGUUGCCAAACGAUUAAACGAGGAAAUUCCAAACUCCGUGAUUCUUAACCAAUACAACAACCCUUAUAACCCAAUUGCACAUUACGAUCACACCGCAGAGGAAAUUUUGAAUGCGUGCGACGGGAAAAUCGAUGUUCUUGUUGCCGGGGCUGGUACUGGUGGCACGAUCUCGGGUAUAGCUAGAAAAUUGAAGGAACGAGUCCCUAAUGUGAAAAUUGUCGGCGUGGAUCCGGUUGGGUCGUUAUUAGCUGAUCCUGAAAAUCCGAACCAAGAAAUUGUUUCAUAUAAAGUUGAAGGCAUAGGAUAUGAUUUUGUUCCCGAUACGCUUGAUAGAUCGAGUGUUGAUCAAUGGAUUAAAACUGUCGACAAAGAUUCCUUUAUUAUGGCAAGACGUCUUAUUCGUGAAGAAGGUUUGCUAUGUGGAGGCUCAUCAGGCUCAGCAAUGUGGGCUGCUCUUCAAGUUGCCAAAACAUUAAAAAAGGGCCAACGAAUAGUUGUCAUAAUGCCUGACAAUGUGCGUAACUAUAUGACAAAGUUUUUGAACGACAAUUGGAUGAAAGAAAACGGUUUUUUGGACGAAGCCACCAAAAAAGAACAAAAAACAAAAGUAGAACAAUGGGGUGGUGCAACAAUAAAAGACUUAAAUCUGAAACUGGCGAUAACAAUCAAUUCACAAUCUGCGUGCCGUGAAGCAAUCAGCAUUCUUGAAAAGAAUGGGUUUGACCAAUUGCCGGUGAUUGACGAGGGACCUAAAAAUAAACUCGUGGGCUUGGUCACGCUCGGAAACCUAUUAUCGCGAAUAUCGACCGGUCGUGCGACUUCUCAAUCACCGGUCUCUGCUGUAAUGUUCAAAUUUAACAAAAGUAAACAUCAUUUUGAAGAAAUUACAGUCGAUACACCGCUUUCAAAGUUGACUACUUUCUUUGAGCAUAAUAGUUCUGCAAUAGUGACUGAACGUGAUAAUGAUGGUGUGCUUGUUCCGAAACACGUUGUCACUAAAGUGGAUUUGCUGUCAUAUUUGAUUCGGAAAUAG